AUGGCUACCGUCUCAGUUCCCUUGUUAAUCAACGGCAAAGAGGAAUUUCUUCCAGAAACCUUCGACGUCGUAAGCCCCUACACCAACCAACCCUGCUGGACCGCCGCAGCCGCCACCCCGCAAGAUGCGAUCCGCGCCGUCGAGGCUGCAGACGCAGCUUUCCCAGCUUGGUCGCAGACAAAACCUACCGUGAGACGGGACAUCCUGUUUAAGACAGCUGAUCUAUUGGAGGAACGCCUUACAACCAAUGCGGAGUAUAUGCGCACAGAGAUGGGAGCCGACGUAGGCGCAUCAGAGGGGUUCGUGAUUCCAUUGGCGAUUCGGAUGCUACGCGACAUUGCGAGUCGCAUUACCUCUAUCUGUGGGAGCGCACCCAUUGUUGAGACGGAAGGACAAAGUGCGAUUGUGUUUAAGGAGGCGAUGGGUGUUAUUCUCGGGAUUGUGCCGUGGAAUGCCCCCUACGUUUUUGGUAUCCGCUCUGCUGCAUGCGCAUUGGCAGCUGGAAAUACUACGAUUCUUAAAGCCUCUGAACUCACACCACGCUGCUACUGGGCUAUUGGUCGCGCAUUCCAAGAUGCAGGUCUUCCAGCUGGAUGCUUGAAUGUUCUCUCCUGUCGUCCACAGGAUGCGCCCGAGGUGGUGAAUGCCAUGAUUGAGCAUCCUGCCGUGCGCAAGGUCAAUUUCACUGGAAGUACGGCUGUAGGCCGCAAGAUUGCGCGCGCGUGUGGACAGAAUUUGAAGCCGUGUCUGAUGGAAUUGGGCGGGAAGAAUAGCUCCAUUGUGUGUGCUGAUGCUGAUAUGAAAGUUGCCGUGCAAGGAGUACUUGCGGGUUCAUUCCUCAAUUCUGGCCAGAUUUGUAUGGCGACUGAUCGUAUCCUUGUUCACUCUUCUAUCGCGCCUGCUUUUAUCAAAGCCCUGAAGACCGCUUUGGAUGCUGGUGCUGGCGCUGACUCUCUUCCACCGACACUGGUGAACACGGCUUCCAAGACCCGUGUGGAAGCCUUGAUUUCCAGCGCGGUGGCUGCUGGCGCACACUUUAUUUCUGGGUCUGCUGAGCCCAAGGUCCCUUCAGACUGUGGUGUUCGUAUGGCGCCUUCCAUUUUGGGUGGUAUCAAAGAAGACAUGCCGCUAUGGCAGGAAGAGUCUUUUGCCUCUGUGGCCGCGUGCAUGGUGUUCGAGAGUGAAGACGACGCGAUCCGACUGGCCAAUGGUAGCGGGUAUGGACUGUCAGCAUCGGUAUUCACGGAGGAUCUGCGUAAAGGCUUGGCGAUGGCUAAGCGGAUCCAAUCUGGGGCGGUGCAUAUUAAUAGCAUGACAAUCCACGAUGAGCCCGUGCUGCCGCAUGGCGGAGUGAAGAACAGUGGAUGGGGUCGAUUCAACGCCGCAGAGGGUCUGAAUGAGUUCUUGGUGACGAAGAGCGUUACUUGGAUGGAUUAG